AUGUACUCACAGCAAAGAGAAGAAUUUUCAAGAGAAGAUCACGAGGUCUGCAGGCAAAAACAAUGGGCAUCCCUAGGUGCUUGGUUUUUGGGGCCCAAAGCAGAAAAUGGAGAAGUUUUUCGGGAAUUGCUGACGAAAGCUGUCGAUUCUCAUAUCGGAUUCCGUCACAGGUACUCAGUUCAAAGUAUUAUGGUAGGGGGUCACAUCUAAGGCGGUCAGGAUGCUUUUCCCCAACUUAAUCGGGCUACAACAAGUCCUACUUCAUUUUUAUUUAUUUUUAUUUUUAAUUUAUUUAUAUCGUUACUUUAUUUAUUUAUCUAGUUUUUGCCGAAACCGUUGUCAGGUUUUUGUAACACAGGUUUUUGUAACGCAGGAUAUUAAAGAAAUUUACCUUUUUAACGCCGUUAAUUGUUUCAUACGCAUCAGUAAACGCAUUCAGUGUCAGAAUCUAAUGUUGCCUAAAUAGACCAAUUUCGAUACAUUAAAAUUCACGCUCGGCUCCGAGGUCUAACGGAUUAAAACAGAAGAAAUCGCCUGGAGGUUAAUGGAUGAAUAAUACAUUUCUUUUUUUUAUUCCCCUAAGCCUCGCAGCUAAGUAUGAAUUUAGUGAUACAUCGAAAUUGGUCUACUAGCCUUGUAUUCGUCAAAAAGAGCAAGGACAGUCCUAAAAAUAGUGCCAAUUAUAAUUUGUUCAAAAUAUUUUUCUUUUUCUGAUUGGCUUAAAUCUGCCGGUUAAUUCUUUAUAACUAGCUAAGGCUGGUCAAAUACGGCAUUUCAGAAUUUUGCUAAGCACUUUUCAGAAAUACGGCAACUGCAAAAGUUUUCAUGUAAAAAUAAUUGUUUAUUUUAUAAAAAAAAAAACAGCAACAACAACUCAUUUUAAUAUAACCAUUCAUAUCCUGCUCAUCCUCAUCCAGUAACUGUUCAUUUCAUUUAACAGUUACUUUCCCUGUGAUCCUCCUUAUGUCACAGACGAGCUUCGGGAGGCAGGUUCCUUCAACUAUGCCAUGGAGAAGUUGAAAUCUGAGAUGGACAAAUUGCAGAUGGAAUUAAAAAAUUCUGUUCCAUUCUUUAGUUCCAGAUACAAGGUAUAGAUUUUAAGUAUAUUUUCCUCUUUCCUGAAAGGUUAGUCAGCCACAAUUCCAAAGAAGAGAAAGACAACAUGGUGGGCAUAAUACGCCUUUAGGAUUCCAAAACUCAUUUCUAGUCAUUUCCCUUCUAAUUGGCGGAAAACAGGUCAAAACGGAGGAUUUGGUUAAAAAUGCGUUUUUUUUUCCGCUACAGACUGACGGUCGCCAAAGGGUUAAUGGUUGCACGCCUGCAUUAAAUGUUCCAAAAGCUUCCACUAAAACCUCAUGGGAACAACUCGUAUUUUCUUUACCUCAGGGUCACGUACUUUGGGACACAGCAAUGCCAGCUAACCUUGGCUACAUGUCUGCAAUGUUGUACAACCAAAAUAACUGCGCGUCAGAGGCCUCCACUGUCACAAGUAAAUAUGAAAUGGAAGUGGGCAACGACUUGUGUGUCAUGCUGGGGUAUGAAAGGGACAAAUGUAUGGGACAUCUUACAGCUGGUGGUUCUGUCGCUAACAUUGAGGCAGUUUGGGUGGCGAGAAAUGUAAAGUACUUUCCACUGGGACUGCAAGAAGCUUUGUUUAAGGAAGAUAGACUUUUUGGUGCCAAAGGUUAUAAGGUAAGUUGUCCUGCCAUAGCAUUCUAGUUUAGAAAGCAACUUUCCUUGACACAUUGAGUCGAAGGCUUUUUAAAUUCUAAGUAAAUAAGGUCAGUUUCAAGGCCUUUAUCUGGAGCUUGACCAGUAUCCUGCAUUACUUGAAGGAGUUGAGUCGUACAAUAUUUUCGCGACAGGAAACCAUGUUGUAGAGGGAAUAUACAGUCCCUGAUGAAUGGAACGAGACGUGAGGUAACGCAGUGCUCUUGGAUCUUAGAUACCUUUGAUAACAAGGAAAUAGGACGAUAGUUGUCCGCUUGGUUUUAAUCAUUCUCUUUAUUGACAGGAGCGAGGUUAGCACAUUUUCAUUGAGUGGUGUGCAACCCACUACGCAAGCCAAAAUAAUAAAAACGACUUUGGGAAGUUUCUCAGGACCAGUAGCCUUGUUAACCUUCGGCGUUUUUAAUAGUUUAGAGACUUCAUCAACAGUAACUUGAAUUAGAUCGAGAAACAGUGUCCGCUGUUCUCGCGAGAAGAGUAACAGUAAGGUAUGCCACAUCUCUCUUUGCUCGGCUGAGGCGCUAAUGCGGGCUUUCAACGGUGCCAUCAGUCGACCUCCAUGCUCUUCCAAGUUUUGAGGUCCUGCGCCAAAGCACGAAUUUCUUGACCAACAGGGGGUUUUCAGGAUUGAUUAGCUUUGCAGCAUACUCGUGAAAUAGAAUUUACGUCCACCAGGUCUUGGUUUGACGUGUAUACAGUGUUUGUGUCGUAACCAGUCAUUAAGUGUUUACUAUUGUCUAUGUGUUUUUCUAAGUUCAUUUUACUCCGUUUAGGUUUUUUUCCCUCAGAGAGGAAAAGAAAGAGAAUUAGUCAGCGCGUCACAGUGGGAACUUCUUAACCUUGAUGUCGACACUAUUUUAAAAAUGCCCUCUGAUGUACAAGUUUUAACAAGCCUCGGACAUCAAGAAUUUACGGAAAUUAUGUCAGAGUAUCUUUAUGAGUUCAUUGGAGCGCAGGAGUUUGUACGGCGACAUAUGCUAACGCAAAGUCCGUGCAUUUUUGUUCCAAGCACAUUGCAUAGUUCCUUAACGAAAGCAGCCACCAUCCUCGGACUUGGUCGAAAUAGCCUUGUCUCUGUAGCAGUUGACGAAAACUCGCGGAUGGAUCCUACUGGUUGGUAAAGUUUUUAUCGUGUUAUCUUCAUGAAGCCCCUAACAAGUUUCUGCUGUUUCCAUCUAUUUUUAAAGCCAUUUGCAGAUUUACAUUCUCUCCUUGCAGUGGAAGACAGUAACCUAGCUUUGUUUUGGCAUAAAAAAUAAUACAACACUAGCUUUUGUAUUGACGUUAUCGAUGUGCUGGAAUUGAUUACUCGCUUGAUGCGUUAUUGUGUCUUCCUUACGCUUCUUUACGCCUGGUUUUCUCGUAAAGUCAUUCAUUGUAUGUUAAAAAAGGAAAGAAAGAAAGAAAACACGAGCACAGGAAAAACAACAGGAUGUAUUUAAUUAACAUUAACAGCCCGAGUAAUUAAUAGUCCAUUUCCGAGUUCCAAAAAAACCUCACUUUCAAAAUGAGGUCAAGUGAGAAACCUUUCUUGUGAAAAACAGUUAUAUUUGCAUGAGAAUAACUAAUCAUUUUCGUAUCAAUGGCUUUGCAAUUACCCUUGCUUUAAAACAGAGAAUUGCUUUUGAGGCAAUUCGGAAAUGGCCUAUUUACUGAUUCAAGUGGUCAUAUGUAUGUUAUUUGUUCCGUUUAUUGAGAUCAGCAUUAGUUGCUGGUCAUUGAAUCGAAGACCAUUAGCAUUUUUUGUACCAACUUUUAAUUUAGAUUUGAACCGCAAACUAAAAGAAAAGUUGGAUAAGGAAAUUCCAGUCAUUACAGUAGUAGCUAUCACAGGAACAACAGAGCAAAGCGCCGUGGAUGCAGUGAAUGCAAUUGUUCAUUUGCGCAGAACGUUUAGAACCAAGGUAAGAAUAACGCGAACUUUAUAUGCCUUCAUUUCUGAAAUUCUGGCCACUGUCUUCAUCAUCCUCAUCAUGAUCGUUCCCAUCUUCGUCGUAUCAUGAAUCAUAUUCAACACUAUCAAUAGGAGUUUAAGCAAAACUCUAUGGCGGGCUCUACUACAGCAAAUAAUUUUGCGAAUGGCAGGCAAUCGAGCGCAGUCGUAACGCCACAUCCUUCUUCGUCCAAAGCAGUGAUUUGGUGCAUUAUCUAACACGUGAGUUUUAAAUGGCUUGUUUGUCCUUUUUAACGAACGUCUUAGUUUUUGUUUUCUAUUCAUAAAUAUUUUACAUACAAUUUUUGUUCUUAAGGCAAAAGAGUUUUGGGAUCAUUAUCAAGUAUUUUGAGGUUAAGUUGAUAGUUAAUUUUCUUUUGGUGAGGAUGCAAGAUAAUAAAGUUCGACUUUUCAACGUUUAGCGCUAGCAUAUAGGCUGUUACCCAUUCAUAAACUUUAUGGAAUUCCAGGUUCACAACAAGCUCCAGGGUUCGAAGAUUUUUAUCAGCACAUAAUAGAUUUGUGUCAUCAGCAAACAAGUAGAAUGCUAAUUUAUCAGAGGACUCAGACGACGAUCGAAUAGUAUCCCAUGAUGCACCUCGAUUCAUGUUAUAUUAUCACUGCGUACGUGACACAUUAUGAUCAGUAACCUUCAGCACGCGCGAAGUGAACAUCGAUCGCAGUGCUCGAUGUGGAUGGUUUCCAAACAUGUUUCGGUUCAGCAGCUUCUGCCUUUUGAGAUUAUCGAGUUGGCUAAUAUUCACUGUGCUUUAAAGGAGAAUUUCAGCGUUGCUUUGACUGAGAAGGGUUUUACAUGUAUUUCACUGAUCUGUCGAGAACUACUUGUGCCGCGCUCGGUCGCACUGUAAACACAAAUUAUAAGACUCGCAACUGAUAAGCUUCGCUAGGUUCACUAGGAGAACCCAGGCCAGAGGAGAACCAAAACCAUGACUGAUCUAUAAAGUGGUUCCAACAAAACAUCCGCUACGCUGUGAAGCUAAUUACCAAAGGAUAAUUUAUUACAGCAUCGCGCUCAAAGGAGCUGAAGUUUACAAUGUCAGUUACAAAUAAAAUUUAACCUAUCGAUGCGGCAAACAAUUCUCUGAAGCACAGUCUACCCGGUACUGACUCAAGCAAUCUUCAAGGAAAUUUCCUGGCCAGAAUACUGAUCUGUUCUUUUGAAUAAAUAAAGUUUCUGCAUGAUGUUUCUUUUUCAAAUUCUGAGCAGGCUUCAGUUUACGUUGUGCCGGUUUGCAUGCUGCGUGGUUCCUUUCUUUGGGUUCUUUUCACACUGAAACACACCGUUAUACACCGCUCCUUCUUCGAAUUAAAAUAAUUAUAGUCAAAUUCCUUUUAAAAAUAACCUCUUUGAAAAUACAAAGUGACUGCUUCGGCAUAAAGCGCUCUCAAAAGCGCCCAACAGAUUGUAGCCUUCAUCAGGCUUUACACAUAUAUUAUGACACAUGGCGUUGAAAUGUGAUAAAAGAUUCGAAAUUUCAGCCAUCUUUGGUCGACAAAAAGGUCUUCAAAGUGUGGGUACUUCUGGGUACUUCUUGGCCUGUACAAUAUUCAGGACUUCAUUUUGCUGGCGUGAGGUCCACAUUUGUAAGAUUUCAACAUAUAUUCCAAAAAACCUUGAAUAUUCAUGACCUGGUUGUGGGUCACUGAACACUUUGUGAUGGGAAGACUAAUUGAAACCGUGAAAAUAAAUGUUUCUAAGUGGAAACUUCGCUCUUAAGCCAUUGCAAAUCGGAGAAAUCAUGUCAAAUAACGAAAUAAUGUAAUUUUUUACUUUCACUGGAAAUCGAGUGAGAAAAAAGUCGACGAGAAAACGACCUUAUUUCAAGAUGGAAUCUGCUAUGACUGCGAUAUUGCGUGAUGCUUCUGGAAAAAUGCAUCAUGGGAUACUAUUCGAUCCUCCUCUGCAGAGGACUUGUGGAUAUCGUUGACAUAUAAUAAAACGGUAAAGGUCCUAGAACAGAGCCUUGUGGCACGCCACAGGUGAUCGGUUGUUUGUUGGAGAUAUCAGGUCCAAUUUGAGUUGACUGAACACGGUCAGAAAGAUAAGAACGGUUUAGUUUUAUUUGUGAAGACAUAAAAUGGAUCUACUCUAAAACAGCUGUAUCUGCAAGACAAAAAAAGAGACAUUUUUACCAUUGUUGCAGUUUCUAAACCACAUAUCACAAGUUUUCUUCGAGUCUUAUUAGAUAUUCGAAAUGGUUCGUGGGAAACUGAUGUCACGCCAUAGCUUAAAGAAGCAAAUUUUGAUGGUAAGAGAGCCCCUUUCAAGCUCAAUUUUGAGCAAUACGAACACCAGAACCAAUAUCAACUUUCUACGCCAUAUUGCAGCAGAGUAACUGUCAUUUCAUUGGUGAAAGCCGAUUCUCCUAACACAAAUUAGUUUUUCGGAUUUUCACAAGAACCCAGGAAUUGUCAAGAACUAUUAACUAAAAUCUUGAGAUGUUUUGUUCUAUAUGCUCUAUGAAACCAAAAUUUGGCUGGAGUAAACUUUCAAUCACUUUUAAUUAAAUCAGACACUUUACUUUAUCAUUAGAUAGCAAUUCCGCUCAUUUUAAAACCUUCAAAACUCGGGUCGUUACAAACAGUAUUUCGGAAACUGAAUUCCGACCUCAAAGCAUGCAUCCGACAUGAAAUAUAUCACGGAACACCAGUAACAUGGUACUAAAUUUUGACAGCAUGUACUGUACAUGUGCAACUGUCACUCAUUCAAUGCAAUUCCCAUAUCACAAAGAAGACAAAAGUGUCAGGGGUCUGAAGCCAAAUUUUAAUUUUUGGGUAAAACAGAACUUAACUUUGUAGAUCCCAACCUCCACCUUGCUUUAAAAUGAAACGGAUAAUAACGCAAAAAUAGCAACUGUACCCAGGAUAUGAAAAAUAACUUCAUUGCAGUGCUGGAGUUUAAUUUAAUGAAGACAUGAUGGAAACACAACUGAUCACGAUUUGUUGUUUAUCGACACUUUGAAAUUGUAAAUGAGAGCAACAGGGUUUCCUCAUCUUCCCGAGCGCUAGGAACUAUUAAUUUGUUGAACUUACCACAAUAGACAUGUACCCAGCGCAAGCGUAGACAUUUUUUGCCAGUGAAGCUAUUGCUUGGCGGGCUGCGUCAAAGUACUCACCCAAGAUCUUCUCUGCCACGACAAACGUAUUAUCACCUGCCGUAGUGAUUUGCUUUAACUCCUUAUUAUUAUCUCUACUUCGUUUUUCUAUAUAGACCCUUAAAUACCUUGUUUCUCUUAGCCAAACUAGCAAUGCGAAUGAUAUGGUACUCUGAAGGAACAUUUUCUUAACACCCCAUUUUUGUAUUUAACAACUAGGGUCUGAACUUCAGCAUUCACGCGGAUGCAGCUUGGGGAGGAUAUUUCUGUAGCAUGCUGCGCGCGCAGCCUGAGAGAAGUCCGACGCCAACAGCCAAAGAAGCAGGAUUUGUUCCAGAAAUGUACCUUAGCUCCUACGUCCAUGAACAGUUAUCAGCUCUCCAUUAUUGUGAUACAAUCACUGUUGAUCCCCACAAAUCUGGCUUCUGUCCGUAUCCUGGUGGUACAAUCUGUUAUAGAGACAAAAGGAUGAACUCAUUUCUGUCAAUCAACAGUAAGGUGCCCUACCUCCAUGGAAAGACGAGUCUUGGCGUCGUUGGCAUCGAGGGAUCCAAACCUGGGGCAGCUGCUGUAGGGGUGAUGAUGGCAAACAGGGUAACCAUUUAGGACUGUUUUUCUUUUACUAAUUUAUUUUAAAAAACCAGCCCAUUUUUCUUAGUUGUUGCCAUCCGUCUGUUCCAGGAGACAAUGAAGUCUGCGCCUAGGUUUAGUCUGUGGUUGAGUUGCAGCCCCUGCUGUGGCUGUACAGUCCAAUUCUGGAUCGGCAGGCUCUGUUUCAGUUGCUGCAGAUGAAUUCCGCGCUUAGCUUUGUGGGUGCUAAUGCUGCCCACUGCCGUCUGCGCUCUCUCCUCUUGUCCCACUGCUCCUCUCUCCUCUUCUCACUCGUCUAAAUUCCUGCCUUGAUAGCAAGCCUCCAGAGACUUCGGUCUGCAGCUACAGCUUUCCAAUCCGCUGGGUUGACAUUUCCUUCCUUCAGAUCACGUUUAAAAACGUUUUUGAAGCAAAGGGUAGGCCAUUCUGCAGGUCUAAUUCUAGUGGCAAGCUCGCCGAAGGGCAUGUCCUGGGAGUUCUUCCUUCCUCUAUACUGCUGAUGUGGCCAAGCCAGCGCAGCCGUCUCUAUUUGAGCAAGGCGAACAUGCUAGGUACUCCCGCCUGUGCCAGGAAAUCAUUGUUUAGGACACGUUCUUCCCAGGUCAUGUCCGAAAUCCUUUUGAGGCAGCGCAGGUGGAAGAUGUUGAGUCUACGCGCUUGGCAGGUCUUAGCAGGUCUCGCUGCUGUAGAGCAGUGUGCUGAGCACGUGGGACUGGUACAACUUCGUCUUGGUGCUAAUGAUCAACAAGGUGUUGUCCCAGACCCUCUUUUCAAGGUGUGCCAGUGCUACCGCUGCUUUGACGAUCCGUUGGUUCAGUGCGGUGUCCCGGGAGAGGUUACUGGAGAUGGUGGAGCCUAGGUAAAUAAAGUUCUCCACAACCUCAAGAGUGCAGUCGCCAAUGGAGAUGCUUGGCAUGCUGCUAACGUCUUGGUCAAGGAUGUUAGUCUUCUUAAGAAUGACGGUGGGACCAAACUCUUUACAAGCGUGUGCGAAGCAGCUGAUGAGUAGCUGUAUAACAUCCUCAGUGUGUGCGGUCAGGGAAGCUUCGUCUACAAACAGCAUCUCUCUUAUCCCUUAUCCUUCAGGUUCAGCGGAGCCACGAUUUGGAACAUGCUUCCCCUGGACCUGAGGAGCGAGCAGCGAGCAUGAUAUUGAAAAGUUUAAGUCUGGCCUCAAAAGGCAUCACUCACUUUUGAUAUACUAUUGUAUUUUAGUAAAAGCCAACUAGUGGUCUAUUAUCAAUGCUGCUUUCCGAUUGGUUGAGCUACUACUAGGCUAUAUGUUAUAGCCCACUAGUAGCGAAAAGCGUUGGCUUUGAAAACCAGAACAAUGGCGGCUGAAUCGCGUUUUGCUUGCUAAAGUUGUUUUGUCUCGAUAUUUUUGACCAACUAGUUGGAUUUUACUAAAACAAGUAUUUCUCUCGCCCUCAUGGCCUCUGAGUUAAUAGCCCACUCAGCCUUCGGCCUCAUGGGCUAUUCGGGCAUCUCUGACUAAAUAAUGUCAAUAAAAUAAAUGAAUAAAUAAAUCAUUAAAUUAGGCACCCUGGCCUUUGCUUGGAGGCGUGCAAGGUUGAAGAGGUGUGGAUUUACACACCUGACUGGCUGAAGGUGUAGGACAGCGGUAGAGAGAAAAAGGUGUCGAAGAGUUCGGGAACGAGUACACGCGAAGCCCUGUUUCACUCUGCUCUUGAUUAGAAAGGGGUCUGAGGAUGAGCCGUCGUACUGGACGGCACCUUGCUAGUCUUCAUGGAAAGACGCGAUCAUCCUUACGAGCUUCGGGGACAUCCAAUCCUCUGCAGAAGAGUGAAUAGGCCUUUCCUGGUGACUAGAUCAAAGGCCUUAGUCAGGUCAAUACAAGCGAUGUAUAAGGGCUUGCUAUGCUUGCGACAUCUUUCCUACAGCUGCCUCAAUGAAAAGAUCAUGUCCAUUGUUGAUCUUCCUGCUCUGAGCCCGAACUUCGUCUCAGGGAACACCCGUUCUGAUAACGACUGCAACCCGCUCACCGCUACAUGGGCAAAGGCCUUCCCAAUGAUACUAAAUAAAUAAAUAAAUAAAUAGAACUUAAAUGGCUUUUACAAUUACUGGCUAGCCCUGUAGUUUACAUUGUGGGCCCAAUCUACAAAUAAUUCUAAAAUAUAAAAGAUAACGUAAAAGGAAGUUAAAGGGUAAAAAAUUGAAAAUGGUUAAAAAUAGUUACCCAAUUAGUACAGUACAAUCGAGAUAAAAAAAAACAACAAAAAAGGUACCUUAAAAUGUCCUUGUAAUACUAAAAUGUUUGUGACUUGCAUUAAUGUUUAAGAAUAUCUCGAGCAAAUGUUUCUUAAAGCUACUUUCAUUUGUCAUGUUUUUAAGCUUGUCGUCUAGACGAUUCCAAAGGCGAGUCGCGCUCACAUUAAAUGUUCGCAGACCCGCGUUAGACCGGCAUUUCGGUACAGCCAAGGCAUUAUUAGAAGGAUAAGCGAGUGUUAUAGCUAUGGGCAUUUUUUAUAUGUUCUAUAACUUUUGAAAUAAUCUGGACAUUCCUUGUUCACAAUUUUGAACAUCAUAGACAUAUUUUUUAUGCGCAUUAUGUUGUCAAUCGGCAGCCACUGUAGUUUCUGGAACAUUUGUGCGGAAUUAUCUAAUAGCCUGGCAUCUAGUAUUAAUCUACCCCAGCGUUUUUGAACUCUAAGAAUUCUCAACAGCUGGUCGUUUGGGGCAUUACCCCAAACCGAGCAACAGUAUUCAAAGAUAGGCUUCACGAAUGCAUUGAAUAACAAUUUUCUGCGGUGGAGAUUGAGGUAGCCUUUGGCUCUUUUAAGUAAAUAACUUCUUGAGUUCAGUUUCCCAAUUAAGUAUUCGAUAUGGCUGUGCCAGGUAAGGUGAUUGUCCAUCCUGACGCCCAGGAAUUUUCAUUCUCGGCUCUUCUAAAUGGUUGCCGGUCAAGAAAAGAUCCAAAGUUGGCUGAUUCACAUGUUGCAGUUUCUGUCGUGUGGCAAUGAGGAGUGGUUUUGUCUUCUUUGCGUUAGGGACCAUUUGAUUUGAAGUGAACCAUCGGCUAGCACAUCCUCGGAGACCCAGGGGCAGUCAGUCGGGCCGGGAGAAAAGGCCCGACGAAAGUUUUCAAGCACAGGCGGAAGAGCCCUUGGGUACCAACUCUCACCGGACCAUUUCCAAACGGUCAAGCGAAUGCUGGCUCCUGAUUUGGCACAAAAAUGCUUUGUAUUAUUGUGCCCAAUCAGCGAACAGUUUCCCCUGAGUUCUUGUCGUGAGUUCGUACACGUGUCCAGCUUGUCAUCUACAUUUUCAGAGAUGUCAAGCAGCGUCCAUGGAGUAGUGUAUAGAUCGUAAAUAAAACUAUCCCUGCCAAAAUUCUUGGAGCUCCGUAUUUAAUGGUGUCAUGAUACGAUUUUGGUGAUUUAGGGCCACGAGACCUGUGUACGAAGCACACCGGAUAAUGGUCACUUGGUCCAUAUAUUGGGACCUAUAUGGGCUUUCGAUGAUUUGUUCAGGAUGCGUAACAUAAACAUGAUCUAGCAGCGGAGCCGAAUAUCGGGUAACUCUUGUGGGGGUGGAAGCAGAUAUUAUCUGUUCCAUUCCUGCAUCUUGGAAUAUUGUGGAUAGCCUGCAGGACCCUUUAACUGUUAUCAGGUCAACACCGAAGUCUUCAACCACAAUUACUUCGUUAUAUGUGCUCGUAGAAACGUCUAUCAUUUUCUCCAGGGACAUACAGAAAUCAGGAUUUGAGUUUGGCGGGCGGUAGAUAAUAAUAAAAAAAAUCUUUGUCCCCAAACGAUGUUGCUUGGUCUCUAAGCAAAGAUGUUCGAGGUCAGUUGUAGAUGGAUCCAGCAGGUGAAUCCUACGGCAGGGAAGAGCACAGCUCACAUACAUGGCAACACCACCUCCUCUUAUCAAGUCACUCAGAUCACAGCGGUGAAUUUGAUAAUUCUGUAGAGCAAUCUCGCAGUCUGAGGAGGGAUAUUCCACGAUAGUUGUUGCAGUCGCUGCGGUCUUCCUUUUUCGUGUAGAGCGUGAUGAUGUUGGUGCCACGUUACUGUUCCUCCCAGCACUGUAGCAGGCGGUCGUGCAGAUGAUGAAGGAGAGCAGUGUUCUUGCCAGCCUUGAUGACCUCUGGUGGGAUGUCGUCGUUGCCUAGUGCUUUAACUCAGGCUAGACCGUUGAUUGCUUUGCGGAGUUCGUCUACUGAGGGUGGACCGUCAAAAUCUUCCAUGACAGGCAGGAGGAUGAUGCUCUCAACUGCUGCGUCAGUGACGAUAUUCUCCCUUGAGUAGAGCUCUUGGUAGUGUUCUCCUCAUCUCUCUAUCUGUUUCCCCCAGUCUGUAAUGAUGCCACCAGCAGAUAACUUCAAGGGUGCAGUUUUGGUGGCGCUUAGACCGAAGGCUUUCUUUAUGCUAUCAUACUUGGUGCGGAUGUUCCCACAGUCAGCGGAUAGUUGGAUGCUUUGACAGAGAUUCAGCCGGUUGUCGUUGGCGCGGCGUCGAGCGAUCCGUUGGACAUCGUUCCCGGCCGUCCUGAGUGCAAAGAGUGUCUAAUCAAAGGGUCUCGAGCAGUGCUGCUCUCUUCGCCGCAAUUGCUGGCUCGAGUUCGGCAAUGCCAGCUUCAAAUCAGUCUGCGUUCUGCCGCUCUCUAUUGUGACACGGAUGUGGUUCCAUCUUUCUUCAGGGCUUGUUGUGUGGCAGUCCCUCAGGGCCUCUUCAGUGAAGUCGGGGGAGCCCUCACACAGGUCUCGGAUUGCUGUCCUGGCUGUGGUGAUGCGUGGGCGUCCUUUCUGCGUGGAGCGGUUGACUCGUUUGGGUUGAAGACGCACCUUGCUGCCAACUAGACAGUGGUCGGUGUCACAGUCAGCGCUGUGGUAACUGCGGGUACUGAGGAUGCAGUUGAGAAGGGUCUUCGAGUGAUAACAAGAUCCAGCUGGUGCCAGUGACUGGAUCUGGGGUGCCGCCAAGAUACUCUGUGGCUAAACGUGGUUGAGAAUAAGGUGUUGGUUAUGCAGAUGUUGUGGGAAGAGCACAGCUACAAUACUCUCUGACCGUCCUCGUUCAACUUGCCGACGCCAAAGUGGCCGAUGCUGCGGGGCCAAGAGUCGUGGUCUGCUCCCACACGGGCGGUGAGGUCCCAGAGUAAGAACAGGUAUUACGUGGCAGGAAUCUCUCUGAUGGUUGUCUCUAGUUCCUAAUAAAACUCAUCCCUGACCUCGGCUGAAGAGCAGAUUGAUGGAGCGUAAAUGCUCUGGAUGAUCACUGGGUCUGAGAAGGUGGAGAAGCGAGGAGAGAGAAUACGGGCUGUGCCUUUGGAUGGUGCGGCUUUGUAGGGGACAGGAGAGAAUUUCUCACUGCAAAUACAACGCCCAGCAACUUUGGGUGCUCCUUCCCUUGUUAAAAGAAAGUGUGGUCCUGUUAUCUGAGGCUGCCGUCUGAUGGGAGUCUAGUCUCCUGCAGUGAAGCGAUGUCGAUAUUGAGCCUUUCCCCUAAGCUUCAAGCACGUAAUGAAGCAGGCAGACUGUGGCGAGUCAGCACCUUACUGGCUGGAGGGUGCCCAGCUUGAGGCGGGUGGUAGCUGACCGGUGGGACGCGAUGAUCCCUCCCUCCGUUGGAGGCAACCUGUAGCGCAUGGACCUACGCCAGUAGGCCUGGACGUAUGACCCGUAACUGCUGCCUCUCGUGUUGGGGAGACUGGGAUGCCCAGUCGUCAGGAUCCACCUCUCGGCCUCACUGAUGUAGUCCAAAGGAGAGCAGAGCAAAAUAUUUGGCACUAGCUUGACUUCCGGAGCUGUUGGCAGGUAAUCAUGUUCACAAUGAACCGCCUUAGGGGAUCCUCUCCGGAUUUCUGUAGGGUUUACUCCUUAGCCUUUCCUCCUCCCAGAUAUUCCACAAGGCAGCGGAGCCAUACUCCAAUGGCCGGGGCACGGAUGCUGGAACCUUAGGGCUUUCAUGGACCAAGGAUCUUUGCCCUCCCAGUCUGUCCAUCACCCCUGGACACUUCGAGGGUGUUACCUCAGACUUACGCCUUGUCCUAGAGGAAUUGCGUGCCAUGGUUGCCGAGCUUCAUCUGCCCGAGUUUCGAAAUGAGAAAUUUCCUUCUUCUAGGCAGAUUUACAACCAGGGUUGAGGGCUCAGCCUAGGCCUGCCCAGCCCAGUUAUCCGGUCGGGCACCCGGUGGCGCCACAAUAGCAGUCUCCGCGAGAACGGGGAAUCUCCCUGUAGGCGCGGCUGUGGACACGUUUUUGAAGCCUUAGAAAUAGCCUUACAAUGAUAACCUUUGUACCUGGCAAUCCAGACGGUGGCUACGCGGCGAUCACUACACUAUGGAAAGGAGAAGUUUUUGAAUGCAAGUCACUUUCCGGAUGAGCGGGACGUCCAACACAAGACCUCACCAGAUCCCCACCCAAUCCCUAUUAUCACGUUAUUUCAUGCAUUUAUCCAAGCAGACAUUUCAUGCAGUGUUUCAUUUGCCACAACAAGAAUAUAAGCUGUUUCUCAACUGCUUGUCCUUACAAUGGCAUAGUUUUCCUUAUUUCGUUUUCUUGUUUUCACAGGUCAUUGGUCUUCACGGUUACCGUCGUAUCCUGGCUUUGUGCAUGUUUACGUCAAAGAUCCUGUACUGUCAGUGGGCAGCAGUAGCCAAAGAGGACGACAUUUUUGUUAUUAAAACAACGAAACCAUUAUCCAAUAUGAAUAACUGGUCAGAGAAGGAGCAUAUCAAAUUUAUUAGGGGACGAAUUCUCGGAAAAAGCAACGAAGAACUAGCGCGGGUAAAUCUUUUAACCUGUUAAACUGUAUUGCUGUAUUUUUGUGAUUUAAUUCCGUACCGACACAGAAUGCUAAUACUGUUUCAACUUGUUUGUCGUUUAGGAUGAUGAGGCUAUGAUUUACCUUAAAGAAGUGGGUCCUGACACCUUGAUACCGUGUUUCUCUGUAAACUUGAAAGGAAACCAAAACGUUGAAGUGUGCAAUGCAAUCAACACAGCGAUCUUCGAAAGCCUCAGUCACACAUCAGGGGAACAUUCAGCGCUUCGUAUUCCAAUGCUUGUUACCUCUUCAAGUCUAGUGUCCCACGUCCACAGUGUUGCAGCUACAAAUUUCAAGAGACGAUUAGGGGUAAAAUCUCAUUAAAUAUAUGACACUGAGUUGAAACUGGGUUAAAUAUUUGGCAAAACAUAGGCUAAGUAUUUUGUUUUGAAACUAACGGGACAUUAUAUUGUUACGUGAAUUCAUUAGACUUUACCAUAUCGGUGGUUUGAUAUUUUUCUAUCCUAACCAGUCAUGCUUAUUGCCAUCAGUUAAACACUGCGUAACUAUUACGUAAAUAUCAGGCUAACGUCGUCGGUUUUAUCCAGGAUUGGAUUGGCUAGAAGAGAGAAAAAUCUUGGGGUCAUCUUUCAGGAAAUUUUGAAUAUUUGAAGAACUGUUUUUUUUUAUUUUUAAACCGCACCAAUGAAAAGUGAAAAGAAAUAUGCGCCUGUAAAAUUUCGUCACUUAGUGCUAUAAUAUGUGUUGAAUUUAUACUGUCAUAUGAUUUAUUGAGUGCCUUUUUUUGGCUAACUGAUUUACACUCAGAUCCCUUUUUUCCCUCCUUGAUCUAGCUUAACUCAAACAAUGACACGCCAGUCAAAUACAUCAUUACAACCUGCAUGGAUCCCUGGGCCACAUCAACAGAGUUCAUGAAGCGCGUGGCUUCUAUCAUGAGAAAUAGUAUUUUGUGCGCCGUUGGAAGGGUAAGGGCCAACUCAUAUGUAAUCAAAUUGCAAGUGCUUCAUUAUACAUAAAGUACGGCUUAGAACGUACAGAUAUGUUGCCUUUGAGAUAAUAUAUUAGAUCGUUAAAAUUCAGUUAAGGUGCACGACUUAAAUCUAUUUAUUAGCGUUUUCGUCAUGUUUUUAUAGAUCGCGAUUUCCAUGUCAAGGCCUUGUGCAAAGUUGAAAUGACUGUAUCAGUUCUAUUUCACUAAGGCAAUUGAUUUACACGUUUUUAUUUUCAAUUAGCCGCCAAGUGGCAAACUUAUCCUGUGACAAUGUAAAAAAAAAAAGCCAGAAAACUUGAAUAUAUUACCAAGCAGAAGGUUUUGAUUAUAACAUUUAACGAAGUUAGGAAAGAAUCUGUUGUAUGAUUUUAAAAUUACUGAUAUCUUUUUGUACAAAUAAGGUUUUUAAUACAUGAUGAUAUCUCAAACGCUUUUAUACCUGAGGGAGAGUAAAUAUAUAGAUUAUUAAAGUUCCCAAACUCCCCAUAUUAUCUAGGCUACCAUUUUCAAAAUCGUCUUUAGUUGCAUAUUUCAUAUAAAAUGGUUUCAGUAUAAUAGAGCGAUUACACAUCACUGCGGCUAUUUUUGUGUUCCAAAACCGAUGAAACGGCGGCCAUGUUGGUGUUCCAAGCUUAUCCCGAGGGAGUUGAAAUCUUUUCUUCUAUGCUGAACACGUGAGUGAAAACGCUCUAAUACUCAUGUGGUUGUAGAAUUUCGCGUACUCUGAUUGGUCCAGGCCCUCCUCAUCUCCCCCAAUAAUCACCAGGCGAGUGAGGUUAUUGUAGCAAUUUCUGAUGAAUGACUCUGUGAUCGAGCGCCGAAUACAAUGAACUUAAAAGGCUAUUAGUUUAGUUUAGGACGGUUAAUACAAUACGCUAUAACACCAGAUACACGCGUCUUUUAGAAACUACGAGAUAAGCGAUACGAGAUAAGUACAAGUUAAGUUACAGAUUGGCAGCCGUAUAUCAACGAUGUAUCAAUUUAUGUCGAUCUCUCCUUUUAGGUUACUGAUCCUAUUGCACUCCACAACUUUGUCAGCACGGGUGUUGUCAAUGAACAGAAUGAAGUGAUCGCCUAUUAUGUAGGAGACUUUAAGAGAGUCCCGAAACAGUACGACGCGAUUGUUAAGUUAAAAUUCAUGUCUGACAAAGACGCUCAGAAGUACAUCACGACACAGAAAAUGCUGUUAAAGUGGAAUGUUCCUCAACCUAUUGUCUUUCGAAGCAAAAAGCAAAGACUUUAUGAUGUCUUCUUCAAGAAUACAGGGUACUCCGGUGAACUGGAAGAGUUCGACUGUUUCAUUAGCCUUCCUUCUGAUAACAGCAACCAUCCAUUAAUGAGCCCAAACAUGAAAAUCAUGGACGUUCCACAUUACAAGCAUUUUGACAACCACGAAUUCCCUGAGCACAGUUCGUACUUUAUGUACGGAGACAAGGAAAAUGUGUUUUUGUUCCACAUCCCUACCAAGAGUCUUGACUUCUUUCAGGUAAUAACGCUUUGUCAAGCUAUUGUUCUGCUCAGUACAUGUACAUAACUAUCUCUCAAUUAUAUUUGAUUAUCAAUUAUUAUUAUUAGCAGUAUUUUGUAUUUUAAUUUCAUGUUUUGUUCUUCAAGUUUUUUACAAUAUUAAGGCCCCGUCCACACUAUGCCGGAUAAAUUUGAAAACGCAACUUCAUUUUUCCGGUUAGGCCUUCCGUCCACACUAAUCGGCAUGAAUCCGGAUAAAUUCCCCACCGAUAAAGGAACGUUUCUAAAAAGGUCUCCAGAGUGGAAGAAUUUAAAAAGGCCGGCUAGCCGUUUUACUGUGGACGGGGAAUAUUUUGAAAACGGAACAUUUCGAAGCCGCUGACGUCACUAUUAUCUUGUAUGAUUUCUCUGGUAGCUUUGCAUUUUCCAAUUUCUUCAGGAUUAGUGUGGACAGAAAACUUUUAUACGUUUUUGCCCAAAACCGGUGAAAAAAAGAUGCCUUAAAAUGAGAAAAUUCCUCUCAUGAAGUUAUUUUCGUUUAAGAACGAAAUCACAGACAUAAAAACAAAAAACAACACCAACAACAACAAAGAUCCAUUUCUGUGCCAGACAUACCGGUCAAUUUUCAUUUAUGUUGACUUCCUUAUUAUACCAGUAUAUUAAUCUUUAUGUGUAUUUUACGUUAUUCGGGAAGCUUAGCUAAACUUUGAAAAGUUUAGUUCAGUUUCUAGCUUCUUUCAAGCCAAUUAUCUAGGAUCUUAAAAUUUUUUCUCUAAUGUAGAACUUAAGUGGAAUUCUUAGCAUCUUAUGUUAUACACUUUUCAUAACAUCCGGGAGAUAACAUUGCUAAUAUAAUUAUAAUUUGGACACAGGGAUAUAUGUUAUAUUAAAUGUAAUGGAACUUACAUUUCUGUGAGCAUUACGACAAAUGUGUUUUAAUUAACAUUGAAACACGGCCCUAUAAGCUGUACAAGCUUUAACUUUCACCGUCGGGGGUGCUUAAAUAAAAGUUUUUGUUGUGUUUGUUCUUGAGUGACACUGAAGUAAAGGCAAAAGAAAAUUGCAAAGCCUAGCGCCUGCAUGAUGCUUGUGCAUGAGAGAUGUAUGUAAUUUAUUUAUUUUUUGAACCAUGUUUUAAGUUAUAAGAUUCUCUGUUUAACAAAACACUGAAAAACAAACUCGACAGACAAUAUAAUUCCUGGUUUACCCCUCCUUUUUCCGUUUUACUGAAGGUAGUGCAGCUUGAUGGUUUCCCAGACAGUGCAGGAAUUGAAGAAAAUGAUGACCUUUUACUCAAGCAUGGAAUUGAAGUCGACAUUCCCGGCAUUCCUGGUGAGCCUGUGAUUGUGAACGGAGAAAUUCAGGAACCCUUCUUCAAAAGUGAAUUCGACAUAACAUUCGUCGGAAUUAACGGCAAACAAGUCAAGAGCAAGGUGAAAUUAGAA